AUGGGCUACAGGCCGACAAGUCAAGUAUCCACAGACCAAAGUCUGGACCAGUCGAUGUCUGAUUGGUCAAACCAUACGUCAAGAAAUUCAGUACAAGCUCAGAAAGGUCUACCAUCGCAGCCGCCGGCACAACAAAUUCCCAAUUUGAAGCCGAGAACGCCAGGAGACGGUGCUGCUAAUCUGGCCUACUGGAAACAGGAACAAAACUCCAGUGAAGACGCGAAAAUAGAGUCUGUUGGCAGACGCAAUCUCGAAAACGGCGAAAACAAGGUUGUCCUACGAGUCCACCAGGCAGAUCGUACAACGAAGGCCGUCUUCAUUAAUCAAAACACCGAUGCCAGUGAGGUGAUGCUCACGUUGGCGGCCAAAAAUUUUCUCCCGGUCUCAACUAAGUUCGCCAUUGUUGAGAAGGUUCCCUCAAUGAAGCUGGAAAGAUGUUUCGAAGACAACGAAAUUAUCCAGGAAUGUAUCCUCAGUUGGCCGCUGAACUGUGAGAACUUGGUAUUCUUCGAGGAAAGGGAGGAUAUGUAUGGAAUUCUGGAAAAUCCAAAGGAUAUUCUAGAAUCAGACGGUGCCAGUCGCUUGCCCGCGUUUAAGGAGCACCUCUAUGUGCUUGAGGAAAACAAUCGCUGGAAACGACGGUACUGCGUACUGCGAACAUCCGGUCUCUAUGCGUCAAAACUGGUUGAUUUGUCCGACAAGAAGGCCGAGGUCCAGUACCUGCGAAAACUCUUCACAAUGAAUGGCUUUCCUGGCGCAUUCGUCUAA